AUGAAUCCCGCCAUGGGAAGCCUCAAUAACAACAGUAUUGAUACAGUCAACGCCGCUGCCACCGCUAUCGUCACGGCCGAAUCUAGAGUACAACCCACCACCGCACCGAAAAAACGAUGGGGGAGCUGCUUUAGUCUGCCUUCUUGCUUUGGAUCUCAAAAACCCAGCAAGCGAAUCGGCCAUGCUGUUCUUGUUCCUGAACCUGUUGCACCGACGGUUCCGGUUGCCAAUGCUGCACCGAAUCCUUCAACUACCAUUGUGAUGCCUUUCAUUGCUCCUCCCUCGUCUCCGGCAUCGUUUCUCCAAUCUGAUCCCCCGUCUUCUACUCACUCACCGGCGGCUGGAUUGCUUUCGCUUAGUUCUCUAUCUGUCAAUGCUUAUUCUACUAGUGGUCCUGCAUCGAUUUUCACCAUAGGGCCGUAUGCCUAUGAGACACAGUUGGUUUCACCUCCGGUAUUUUCAAACUUCACAACUGAGCCUUCAACCGCUUCUUUUACUCCACCACCUGAAUCUGUACAGAUGACAACACCGUCGUCUCCCGAGGUUCCGUUUGCUCAAUUGUUAGCAUCUUCUCUGGACCGAGCUCGUAAAAGUAAUGGAACACACAAGUUUGCAUUAUACAAUUAUGAGUUUCAGCCUUAUCAGCAAUAUCCUGGGAGCCCCGGUGCUCAACUCAUAUCACCUGGAUCAGUUAUUUCAACAUCUGGCACCUCUACCCCUUUACCCGAUAGACGUUCAUCCCUUGAAUUCAACAGAGGGGAAGCACCGAAGAUCUUAGGUUUCGAACAUUUCUCCACUCGAAGAUGGGGUUCAAGAAUGGGAUCAGGAUCAUUGACACCAGAUGGUGCAGGUCAAGGAUCAAGACUAGGUUCUGGAUCUUUGACACCUGACGGUGUUUCACACGCAUCACGAUUAGGUUCCGGGUGCACUACACCUGAUGGUCUAGGGAAAGACUCUAGGUUAGGUUCCGGUUCUUUGACUCCAGAUGGUGCCGGCCCAACCACUCGAGACAACAUCCAUGUACAAAACCAGAUUUCCAACGGCGUGUCUGUUGCAGACUCUGACUACGGACAUCAAAACAAUGCAACGAUAGUCGAUCACAGAGUUUCAUUCGAGUUAACCGGCGAAGAUGUUGCACGAUGUCUUGCAAAUAAAACGGGAGCAUUACUUAGAAACAUGUCUAGUUCUUCGCAGGGUAUACUGGCCAAAGACCCUAUUGACAGAGAAAAGAUACUAAAAGAAACCAAUAGUUGUUGUGAGGUCUGUUCGGGGAAAACAGUCGGCGGAGAACAAUGCUGUCAGAAACGUAACUCUGUUAGUUCUUCCAAAGAAUUCAAUUUCGACAAUAGAAAAGGCGAUGCUUCGGGUACAUCAACCAACGGCUCUGCAUGGUGGACUAACAAGAAAGUUGACGGAAAGGAAGGUAGAUCGGUUAAUAGUUGGGCAUUCUUCCCAAUGUUACAACCAGAUAUCAGCUAA